AUGAGUGAAACAAGGAUGGCACAGAACAUGGAUACUACAGAUGAACAGUACCUGAGACUUAUUGAGCUACUCUCAAACUAUGAUUCCACCUUAGAGCAGUUGCAGAAGGGGUUCCAGGAUGGCUACAUCCAAUUGAGCAGAUCGAACUACUAUAAUAAAGACUCAUUACGAGGAAACUAUGGUGAAGAUUACUGGGAUGAAACGUAUAUAGGUCAACUAAUGGCAACAGUGGAAGAAAAAAACUCCAAGGUAGUUGUCGAAAUCGUCAAAAGAAAAGCUCAAGAUAAGCAAGAAAAGAAAGAGGAAGAAGAUAAUAAAUUGACUCAGAGAAAAAAAGGAACGAAGCCAGAAAAGCAAAAAACUCAGAGUCACAAACUUAAACAAGACUACGACCCAAUUUUGAUGUUUGGUGGAGUACUGUCCGUUCCUUCUUCAUUGAGACAAUCGCAGACAAGUUUCAAAGGUUGUAUUCCCUUAAUAGCCCAAUUGAUUAAUUACAAGAACGAAAUAUUAACGUUGGUUGAAACGUUGUCUGAGCAGGAAUAA